CAAGUGCACAAUAUUAAUGUGUUUCAUCCACAGACAACAUGUCAUCUGCCUCUUUGCGACGGAAAGAUUUCCCAGUAAACCAUAUUUUCACCGAAAAUUGACCCAUAACUACCCAGAGUGUCGUGUCCUAUUAAUAAAAGUCUCGGGGCAAGAAUAUUCAUCCGGUCAGGAGUCCUGAAACAAUUUGAAAUGUAACUUACAAGCACCCACUAUGGCCCACUAUGGAUUUGGGUGUCACAUAGUAAACAUCUUUUCGCCAGGCGCAUAUAUGUAGCGCGAGUUCUCUUGACUUUAGGCUUCUCUUCUUUCUCUUCACCUUUCUUUUUUUCAGGUCAUCUUCAUGGCUGCAUCAUCGGACUUCCGUCUCCCAGCUCUUGCUGCUAUAUCUGCAGUAGCAUAUGGCCUCGUCAGCUGGUGGUCACAGAAGAAGAGAAACCCAGGAGGUCUUCCCCUUCCUCCAGGUCCCAAGCCGCUCCCAGUAGUGGGUAACGUGCUUGGUAUCAAGAUUGAUGAGCCAUGGGUCACAUACACCCACUGGGGUGCUACUUACGGCGAAUUGGUGUACUCUCGUUUGCUUAACCAGGAAAUCAUUCUGAUUAAUACUGAGGAAGUCGCGAGAGACUUGUUAGAGAGGCGCUCCAACAAUUACUCCGACAGACCUGGCAUUCUGUGCCUAACGAAUGACUUUUUCGGCUGGUCAUUUAAUUCAGUCAUGAUCAAAUAUAAUGAUCGUUGGAGACUCCAUCGACGAUUGUUCCACCAAGCAUUUCGCCCAGAAGCAGCUUUUACAUAUCAAUCAAUGCAACUUCGCAAGGCACGAGAGCUGUUGAUAAAUUUGCUUGAAGACUCAGUACACUGGAGGGCGCAUUUCCAGACGCACUCAGCCUCUAUUAUUAUGUCUGUUGUUUACGGUUACGAAACUGCCCCGAGGGACGACCCCAUCAUUUCCAUCGUCGAGAAAGCUGUCAACUUAGCGGUGUCUUCUAUCAAACCCGAGGUUGCGGCCUUCCUUGGCGCAUUUCCAUUUUUACAGUACAUUCCGUCCUGGUUCCCCGGAGCUUCGUUCAAACGGACAGCUGUCUUAUCCACGAAGUAUGCCGAGGACAUGAUUGAGGCGCCGUUCCAGUAUGUUGAAACGAAUAUGGCGCGCUCGGCAGCCCCAUCCAUGGUCGCUGACUCUUUGAGAAGAGCCGAAGAUGAAAUUGUGUCUGAGACGUAUGUCAAGGCGGUCAAAGAAACUGCUGUAACUGCCUUCGCGGCUGCUUCCGAGACAACCGCAUCGACCCUGCUUAUUUUCAUCCUGGCGAUGCUGCAGAACCCGAAAGUACAAGCCCGCGCACAGGCUGAAAUCGACUCCGUUGUCGGUUCGGUCAGGCUGCCGAACUUUGAGGACAGAGCGUCACUGCCAUAUGUCGAGGCUGUUCUUCGCGAAGUUCUCCGGUGGCACCCCGCUGUACCAUUAAGCAUUCCCCACGCUGCCACGCAUGAUGAUGUUUAUAACGGAUACUUCAUUCCCCAAGGGGCUACGAUUAUAACGAACACAUGGGCAAUUACACAUAACGAAGCCAAAUAUCCCAACCCAGACGAAUUUAAGCCCGAGCGCUUCUUCGACGCCGACGGUCAGCUUAACAAUGACACUGUGAGCUUUGCCUUUGGUGCGGGUCGCAGAAUCUGCGUCGGGCGGUAUAUCGCGGAUGCAUCCAUGUGGUCUGCGAUGGUUUCGGUUCUCGCUGUCUUUGAUAUCAAGAAAUGUCAAGACGAGCAAGGCAACAAUAUCAAUGUAAACCCGAAAUUUACUGCGGGCAUUACUUCUCAUCCCUUGCCCUUCCCUUGCCGCGUCGUCCCCCGAAACAAAGGAUUGAGCACGGAAAAGCUGACUCAAAUGUAUUAA